AUGGGAGCAGACUGCCAAGCGCAGCAACUGCAUCGAGUUAUCGAAGUGGAGCGUCCUGUAAACAGAAAGAGCAGGGAAUUCCCUUCUUGUGCAUUUACGUCCUCGCCCUCCCAACGGAGCUCUCUUAAUUGCUCCCUUGUUCCUCCCGCACCUGUGCCCUCCCUCCCUCACUCCCCCCCCAGCCCACGCCCUCCCUUGUCCCUCCCCCGCCUGGGCCCUCCCUCACUCCCCCCCCCAGCCCACACCCUCCCUCGUCCCUCCCCCGCCUGGGCCCUCCCUCACUCCCCACCAGCCCACGCCCUCCCUCCCUUCUCCCCAGCCCACGCCCUCCCUCGUCCCUCCCCCACCUGGGCCCUCCCUCACUCCCCCCCCCCAGCCCACACCCUCCCUCACUCCCCCCCCCAGCCCACGCCCUCCCUCGUCCCUCCCCCGCCUGUGCCCUCCCUCACUCCUCCCCAGCCCACACCCUCCCUCGUCCCUCCCCCGCCUGGGCCCUCCCUCACUCCCCCCCCAGCCCACGCCCUCCCUCGUCCCUCCCCCGCCUGGGCCCUCCCUCACUCCCCCCCCCCAGCCCACACCCUCCCUCGUCCCUCCCCCGCCUGGGCCCUCCCUCACUCCCCACCAGCCCACGCCCUCCCUCCCUUCUCCCCAGCCCACGCCCUCCCUCGUCCCUCCCCCACCUGGGCCCUCCCUCACUCCCCCCCCCCAGCCCACACCCUCCCUCACUCCCCCCCCCAGCCCACGCCCUCCCUCGUCCCUCCCCCGCCUGUGCCCUCCCUCACUCCUCCCCAGCCCACACCCUCCCUCGUCCCUCCCCCGCCUGGGCCCUCCCUCACUCCCCCCCCAGCCCACGCCCUCCCUUGUCCCUCCCCCGCCUGUGCCCUCCCUCACUCCUCCCCAGCCCACACCCUCCCUCGUCCCUCCCCCGCCUGGGCCCUCCCUCACUCCCCCCCCCAGCCCACGCCCUCCCUCACUCCCCCCCCCAGCCCACGCCCUCCCUCACUCCUCCCCAGCCCACACCCUCCCUCGUCCCUCCCCCGCCUGGGCCCUCCCUCACUCCCCCCCCCCAGCCCACGCCCUCCCUCGUCCCUCCCCCGCCUGGGCCCUCCCUCCCUUCUCCCCAGCCCACGCCCUCCCUCGUCCCUCCCCCACCUGUGCCCUCCCUCCCUUCUCCCCAGCCCACGUCCUCCCUCGUCCCUCCCC